AUGGAACCCCUAGCCAUAGGCUCAAGUGACGCUAAAUGCAUUGAAAAUUGUUACCAGAGCACUUUUUGCGGUCAUGACAUUUUUCGGGACGGACUUUCAUGCAAGUUACAUGAGAAUACGGAUUCACGCUACAGCACUCCAGUCCCAAAACACGCAGGAAUUUUGAACCAAUGGUGCGAUGAUCCGAAUUGUUCAAUAUGCCGCGGCGAAGGAUCACAACGCUCUCCAAGUACUACGGAAGACGUUGGAGGUGGAGGGACAAUUUCACAAUUUCGAAAUGACGGAUUAGAAUCACAGUCACAGGAAGCAAUCCAAGCUCAAAUCCCACCUCCAGAUACUGCACCGGCAUUCUCGGCGCCAGCAAAUCAAAACAGUACGAUGGAGGGUAGAGGAAUAGUGUCACGCAUCAUUGGUAAACGUAAGAAGGUUUCCAAGUUUUUCGCCCAGAUCUUCAAACGUUCAAACCAGCGGCAAUGA